GGCAAGAGACUGUUGGCAGGGCUCCACUGGGGCGGGAUCUUAUUAUUUCAGAGGCUGGCCCAACACCUCUGGCAACUUUAGAGAGGACUUUUAGCUGACUCGACACAACUGACACAACUGGGGAGCCCCACAAUAAACAGCAUCUAACUACAGCACGGGUGGGGAGGGAGGAAGAGGUGGCCUCCACCUAUUCCCCAGUGAAGGUCAUUUUCACCCACCCUCUCCUUGCACCCCACUUCCCAGUUCUGAAGCCUUGGCAGGGGACAAAGGCAGUCGGUUGGGACCCUCCUCCUACGCUUCUCCCAGUCAAGCACCUCUGGAGCUGGAGGGCGGAGAGGCAGAGCCUGCCCGCUGGGAAGGAACAACCUGACUGAAGGGGAGGUCUGGGGCGGAGGGGAUUGGGCUGUAGGGCUGUGGAGGAGGGGAGGCGGAGGGGGCGCUUGGGCUUUCAUUCGAUCCAGCCCUGCCAGCCCAGCCUGCCUGAGACUACCGGCGCCAGCCACGCAGGCCUCAGAGAAGCCGGACUUCACGGGCACCAUGCAGUGGAUAAGGGGCGGAUCAGGAAUGCUGAUCACUGGAGAUUCCAUCGUUAGUGCUGAGGCAGUAUGGGAUCACGUCACCAUGGCCAACCGGGAGUUGGCAUUUAAGGCUGGCGACGUCAUCAAAGUCUUGGAUGCUUCCAACAAGGAUUGGUGGUGGGGCCAGAUCGACGAUGAGGAGGGAUGGUUUCCUGCCAGCUUUGUGAGGCUCUGGGUGAACCAGGAGGAUGGGGUGGAGGAAGGGCCCAGUGAUGUGCAGAAUGGGCACCUGGACCCCAACUCAGACUGCCUCUGUCUGGGCCGGCCACUACAGAACCGGGACCAGAUGCGAGCCAAUGUCAUCAAUGAGAUCAUGAGCACCGAACGUCAUUAUAUCAAGCACCUCAAGGACAUUUGUGAGGGCUACUUGAAGCAAUGCCGGAAGAGAAGGGACAUGUUCAGUGAUGAGCAACUGAAAGUAAUCUUUGGGAACAUUGAAGACAUCUACAGGUUUCAGAUGGGCUUCGUGAGAGACCUGGAGAAACAGUACAACAAUGAUGACCCCCACCUCAGUGAGAUAGGACCCUGCUUCCUGGAGCACCAAGAUGGAUUCUGGAUAUACUCUGAAUAUUGUAACAACCACCUGGAUGCCUGCAUGGAACUCUCUAAACUAAUGAAGGACAGCCGCUACCAGCACUUCUUUGAGGCCUGUCGCCUCUUGCAGCAGAUGAUCGACAUUGCUAUUGAUGGUUUCCUUUUGACUCCUGUGCAGAAGAUCUGCAAGUAUCCCUUACAACUGGCUGAGCUCCUCAAAUAUACUGCCCAGGACCAUAGUGACUACAGGUAUGUGGCAGCUGCUCUGGCUGUCAUGAGAAAUGUGACUCAGCAGAUCAAUGAGCGCAAGCGGCGUUUGGAGAAUAUUGACAAGAUUGCCCAGUGGCAGGCGUCUGUCCUAGAUUGGGAGGGUGAGGACAUCCUAGACAGGAGCUCGGAACUGAUCUACACUGGGGAAAUGGCCUGGAUCUACCAGCCCUAUGGCCGGAACCAGCAGCGGGUCUUCUUCCUGUUUGACCACCAGAUGGUUCUCUGCAAGAAGGACCUGAUCCGAAGAGAUAUCCUGUACUACAAAGGCCGCAUUGACAUGGAUAAAUAUGAAGUAGUUGACAUUGAAGAUGGCAGAGAUGAUGACUUUAAUGUCAGCAUGAAAAAUGCCUUCAAGCUUCACAACAAGGAGACUGAGGAGAUACAUCUAUUCUUUGCCAAAAAGCUGGAGGAGAAAAUACGCUGGCUCAGAGCUUUCAGAGAAGAGAGGAAAAUGGUACAGGAAGAUGAAAAAAUCGGCUUUGAAAUUUCUGAAAACCAGAAGAGGCAGGCUGCAAUGACUGUGAGAAAAGUCCCUAAACAAAAAGGUGUCAACUCUGCCCGCUCAGUUCCUCCUUCCUACCCACCACCGCAGGACCCGUUAAACCAGGGCCAGUACCUGGUCCCCGAUGGCAUCGCUCAGUCACAGGUCUUUGAGUUCACCGAACCCAAGCGCAGCCAGUCACCAUUCUGGCAAAACUUCAGCAGGUUAACUCCCUUCAAAAAAUAACUACAGGGAGACAGAUAAUUUUAAAAUAAAGUAAAUAUAAUUAUAUUUAUAGAUGGACAUUUUUUUGGAGAAGCACUGUUGAAAUUUAUAUAUAUAUAAAUAUAUAUACAGAUAUAUAUAUUUAUAUAUAGAGAGACACAUAUACACACACAGAGACCCUUGAGUACACACACACACACACACACACACACACACACAGAAGGACCAAAAAAAAAAAAAGUUUUCUGUUGUUUUGGGGAAGUGAAAUCUAUAGUUGGUAGGAAGAGGUACCAAUGACUUCUAAAUAUGUGAUCCCUUCUUAGAAGUUUUCUGUUUUUACCCUGUCUCCCUCCCCUUUAUUUUCAGAAAUUUACAUUUCUGUGUGUUCCUUUUCUAAUUGAGAUAAACUCUUUGCUCUCCUGUGAGUGAUUCAUUAACUUGUCAUUAUUACCAUAGAUGUGUUUGUAUUUUUUUUUCUUUCCUGAUGAUACUGAUGCUGAUAACUUUUGAAUUUACUUUGAUGUGAUAGAGUUUGGGAGUGUGUAAUUUUUUUUCCCUUUUACUUUUCAAUGGGUAAAGGGAAGAUUCACCUUUCUCAUCUCCCUCAGCUGACCAUCUGUGAAUGUUUCUACAGCUCUGCAGUUGCUCCAGACAGCUUUUUCCCUGCAUCUUCUGUCCUCAGUCAUGCCAGUCUAGACAUGCUCUGUUGUGCCCUGUGACAUAACUGCUCGAUAUUUCUAUUGCUUUCACUGUGUUUUAGAUGUCGUAGAGGGAUCAAAACCAAACAGAAUCAAGGGAGAGUCAGUAUAAUAAUUCUGAAGAAGACUUCUGUUCAAGGAACAUUCUGCAUUUGGGCUCUUCUCCUAGAACUGGGGGAUCCCAUAUAAUAGCACUGCUGGGUCAUGAGCAAUUUUGCAUCUGGGGUUUAGCUUGAACCAGUUAUUUUCUUCUUCAAGCUGUUUUGGUUAUGGUGUUCCUUUUAGGCCUCUCCUUCCCCUAACCUGAAAGAUCUGAACUUGAAGCAAAGGGACUGAGAUUCUGCUGCCCUGGGGGAGGAAUUCAACUGCCUCUAGUACCAAGUAAGCUUAAAGUUGGGAUUCCCCACUGGAAUAAUUUCAGGGGCCUGGUCAUCCCUGCUUCCAUUUUCAGAUUACAGACAGCAUUUAUGGGAGCCUAUGAAGGGUCAAGACAGAGCCCAUCUGACCAAGAUCAUCAGCUGCCUUCAAAUUAUUGACCUGGACAGGAUCCAAGGCUGACCAUAACCUCUUAAAGGAAAGAACAGGAAUGGUCAUGGAAAGAGGCAGCCCUAGCCCAAAAUAUGUACCUGCAGCUCCUACCACUCAAGUUAUGUGAGACUUCCCCCAUUGUUAACAGAUCGCAUGAACAGUCUUUCAUGAUUCCUUCCUUCUCCUCUCCCUGUUGUCCAUCUUUUUCCUGUUCUCCUGGCACAGGAAAAUUGCUGCUAUUAGCAUAGUUAAAGAAUUAGUCUCAUUCUAAGAAGGCCCUAUUUCCAACAUUGACCCAUCCCAGGACAUUGGAAACAAGUAAGUGUGGAGCCCAGGGAGACUUCUCUAUGGAGAAAAUAUCUGAGGUAGAGAUAUUACCCUCAGGCUGAUUUUUGGCAGACUUUAAUACUUAGACAAAAUUAACUUCUCCCACUAAGAGGCAGGCUCCCUAUUGGGUGCAGGAGUACCUAUUCCUCCUCCUCACAUAGUCCUUCAGGUUGACAGACCUUGAAUAGCAAAGAGGAUGGAGUACAAAGGAAUGAGAAUGGGCCCUGCUAUGGAGAACCACUAUAAUGAGGAAUCUAGAAAUUGUGAGUUUGCUCUGGAUCCUAGGAGAAAACUUCAUCAUGAAAGGACCUCAGCUUACUAAGCAGCAGUCAUGGCUGCAUGAGGCCCUAAGUAUGGCUGAACUGAUUGCUGCUCUAUGCCUCCUGACACAGACCAGGCCCUGCUUAGCCUGGGAAUUAUUCCUCUGUGGGAAUCAAAUUACAAGCUGUUUGCUUUCAUUCUGCCACAUUCAAAUUGGACUUGUGGGGUAAGCCAAGGGUAACCCUGAGCUGGGCAGAGGGCUGGGGCUCGGGACUGGCCACAACUGCUCAGCAAAUGAUCCAGCUACUGAAGUCCUGCCUUGGCAAGGAACCUGGUAUCCAGUGCAUAAGCUACAAUGGCUUCCCUGGAAAAGAGCAUUAUUUCAGUGGCUGUGUAGGCCUCCCAUAAGUAUACAUUCUUUUCCUACUUUCCAUUCUUCUCCACUAGGCUUAACCUUGAUGUGUUUCUCCAGGGGCUAGGAGCAAACCAAGAGGGAAUGCUUAUCAAGUCCCUGGGCCUACAACAUCUCUUAACCAAGUACCCUUGCCCUCCCUCCAUGCCCUUUUCCCCUGAACCUGUGUCCAAAGCUCCAGGAUCAGGAAUAUUACCUCUUGCCAUCCACCUCUUAUCUACCCAAACCGCUGGCCUCACCAGAUGCCAAUAACUUGUGAAAACAACCAGAAAUCAGUUUACCAUUGGUUGGAGUGUUCCCCCAGCCUAUGGCAACAAAGCAGACCAGUGUCUAACAGCCCCAAGGGGAGCCCUGUUAUCUGGAAUCAGGGUCCAGGUCUAUUCUGUGUUCCCACAGCAGUGCUAUCCCCCAAGAACUCUGUAGUUUCCUCUAUGUGUGCAUGGCCCCCAAGCUCCCCUUUUUGCAACUCAAUGAGGUCUGGAUUUGCUCUCCAAAAGGCUUUGCUAGUGUGUUUUAUGGGCCCUGCUGUAGGAUGGUCCUAACACAGAAAUCUAACUCCUCUUUCUCUCUCCCUCUUUCCUCUUCUCUCUAUGUGUAUAACUCUAAUGGAUUUACCAAGGACAGCAAGAGAGUUCUAAAAAUUCUAGUGUGAAGCCGAAUAGUGAUCUUUUAGUGCUUUGGGGCUGGGGUGGGCUGGGGUGGAUGGAUGGGUAACAGUGAUUUUGAUUACCCCUGCUGCUCUGCAUUUGCCAGUUAUUAUUUCGUUUCUUCUGAUUGUUUGACCUCGUCAAACAAGUGUCAAAGUUGUGUGUUUAAAAAAAUGUUUAACAACAAAACCAUGAUGUUGUAAUGACACAAAGCCUUAUGAAAAUAUUUAUGGAGUUCAAUAAAAGAAGUAAAAAGACA